CUAAUGCUUAGAAACUGAGAAUUUCAGCAAGGGUGCCAUUGACUUAAUGUAUUUGUCUUUAAUUUGGCGCUACUUGUUUUGCCAAUUUUGUAUUUUUGGGCCAAUUGGCUAUAUUUAAUUUGACCAUUUUUCAAGUGUCCCUGACAUCAUCCUGUUUAACAAAAUUCAAAAUAUUCAUUGUCAGUGUUGUUUAGUGUUGUUUAUAUAAACUUCUUGAAUAUCUCUUGUUUCUAUCAACUUAAAUGGCCCAGCCAUCUUGGUAUCUUUCAUGUUCACCAAAAUUUGCCAAUUUAAAACACUUUCCAAAUUAAACACAAAUACAGUAAAAUGGGGAAUGGAGAUGCACUUGACUUCAUCCUGCAUAUUUACUACUCAAUCAGCAAAAGGUGAUGAUAUAAUGUCCAGGGUACUUAAUUGAUAAUUUGUUAUAUAUAUAUAGAGUAGGGCAUCAUUAAUAUCUGGUUAUUGUCAGUCACCAGCAUUUGCUAAUAACAACCCAGGAGGAUAAAUCUUUGGAAAUGAAAAGGAUAAGAGCAUGGAUGAUUCUCUCUGUGAGCCUAGCCCACAUGCUGUUCACAACUUCAGUCACCAAGUCUCAAACAAAGCACAAGCGUAACAUUAUGCAGCAGGCUGCUGAAGAUUCUAAAGAAACAACCUCCCAAAACUUAUCAGUCCAGAAUUACAUGGGAGAUACCAACAAGUCGACUGGUAACCCUAUUACAGAUGAUGGGGAGCAUGUUAGACUCAAUGCUACAGAAAAAAUCAUGGGACCAGAGGUUAUUUCGAAUUUGAAAGAACAAGUAACAGUUGGUCAAGAUUGUCAGAUGAAUGAUCCAAGACAUGGUUCAAAUAAAACAUCGAUGGAUGUUCCAACACAUACCUAUACGAAUACAACCCACUAUGAUCGACCUGUGACAACUGGUUCAAAUAAAACAUCGAUGGAUGAUCCAACACAUACCAAAAUUGAUACAACCCACUCUGAUCAACCUGUGACAAUUGGUUCAAGUAAAACAUCGAUGGAUGAUCUAACACAUACCAAUACUGAUACAUCCAACUCUGAUCAACCUGUGACAACUGGUUCAAAUAAAGCGUUGAUGGAUGAUCCAACACAUACCA